AUGGGCUUCUUAGCUACUUGGGACGGGAAGGAAGAAUGGAAACAAAUUGAACGCAGACAAUUCACAGAAGUAUCUGGCCAAGGUGGUAUUUACGGUGCUCCAGAUAGCGUCACACUACUUUGGACCAUCGGAUGGGAUAGACGUUCUGUUAUAUUGAAAUUACUCGAUAAUGAAAAUUGGUAUACUUAUCGUUUACCAAAAUCUCCCCAUACAUUUUUUGAUCAUCGAGGUGGUUGGAAUAGUUCGGAACUGAAAGCAAUUGGUUCACAUUUACGUAUAAUACUCGAUUUUACUUAUUGGAAUGGAAAAUUGGUAUUGACAAACGAUCAAACGACUCUUCUUCAAAAUCCUUAUCCCGGACGUUGUUAUGCGAACUUUUGGUUCGAACAAUUCGAAGACUUGCAGAGUUGGGGUGAACCUUGGACAAAUGAUUUUAUUCAAGCAAAUGUUGCUUCAGAUCCGUUCUUGAUCUAUGGUUUUAAAAAGACAGUACUUCAUCUAAUGCAUAAUACAACGCGAUCAGUCGACUUUACUUUGGAAAUAGACAAGACCGGUAAUAAUCAAUAG